AUGAAAGAACUAAUGUAUCCACUUAGUGGUAUCACAUCGGAAUUUUGCACACCUAGUUUGUCUGAUACUGGAGCACCUGGAACUGCGGCUCCUGGCAGCAACGGAUGUAUAUCCAACUGCGGGACAGAUAUCGUCGCAUCUUCGCCUCCAGCGAGCUUCGCUCGGAUGGGAUACUUUGAAAGUUUUAAUGAUCAAAGAUCAUGUCUCCACAUGUCGCCUGGCGAAAUUCCAAACCAUUACACUCACGUUCACUUUGCCUUUGCCAAUAUCACAGACGACUACACCGUCAGCGUUGACGGAGCUGCCGAUAUGUUUCAAGAAUUCAUAGCAACCGAAGGGUUCGACAAAAUUGUGUCCUUUGGCGGUUGGACGUUUUCGACAGACCCAUCAACGUUUCCAAUAUUCCGACAAGGGGUUACGUCUGCUAAUCGAGUCGUUUUUGCCACCAACGUCGCGGAUUUCGUUCAAUCUAACAACCUGCAGGGGGUCAAUUUUGAUUGGGAAUACCCUGGACCGUCUAUCAUUCCUGAUAUCCCCAGUGGUAGCCCCGAGGACGGUGGCAACUAUCUUGAAUUUCUCAAGGAGGUUCGAGCAGUACUACCGGGCGAGUAUUCCAUCUCUAUUACUGCACCGGCUUCAUAUUACUACCUGCAGAACUUCCCUAUAUAUGAGAUGAGCAAGGUUGUUGAUUUCAUUGUCUAUAUGACCUACGACCUGCAUGGUCAAUGGGAUUUUUCAAACCAAUGGACUGACCCUGGAUGUCCUGAUGGAAACUGUUUGCGCUCUCAGAUUAAUUUGACGGAGACCGAGCAAGCAUUUUCCAUGAUAACCAAAGCAGGUGUUCCCGCCAAUAUGAUCAUGGUUGGGAUGCCAUUGUAUGGACGAUCAUUUCAGAUGUCUGCCGCUGGCUGUUACAACGAGAUGUGUACCUACACCGGACCGGAGAGUGGUGCUUUCCCUGGUGCAUGCACCAAUACUGCGGGUUAUAUCUCAAACUGGGAGAUUAAUCAAAUAAUGAGUGGUAGCCAGUGGAGCAGCACGGUCGAAGAGUACUUUACCCCGGUAGCUGGUGACAUCCUUGUGUAUGACUGGACGCAAUGGGUCUCCUGGAUGAAGCCAACAACAUACAACGAGCGGAGCGCCAUAGCCCAGGCUCUCAGUUUUGGUGGAGUGUGUGACUGGGCAAUAGAUCUCAAUGCAAGUUUUGCUGACAACGGAACUGAAAUUGGAGAAGGUUCUGGGGUGGUCUAUAUUGAUCCGGAGAUUUAUCAUAUGCCUUCGCCUACGAUUGCUUGUCUCCCUCCGUGCACAUUCGUUCUGCCCCCUUGGACAUUGAAUAGUACCACGACAAUCAUCGUUCCUGCCACGACGAUUGUGGUGCAAGAUACAUGGCCAUCAGUAUCGACUGAUGGCAACGGAGUGACUACAAGCUACUACGUUACCAACACUACAACCACAAUCAUUACACCACCUCCUAUCACCACAGAUAUCAUUAAUGUGUGGAACGUACACUGGCUAGACCCAACUCCUACUGUCAUAUACCCUACAAGCAGUAUUGUCGGGCCCCCUUUCCCCCUUACUGAGUCACCGCACACUCAAACUUCAACAACUCUACCCGGGACUACUUACAUCUAUUCACCGGGACCGUAUCCGUCAGCGUCUUCCAGUACAGGUCCUCCCGGUCCACCACCCUCGGGGUACAGUAGCGUUUCGAUUUCUGUAGUCAGUGGGUCGCCUUCUCCGACACCCACUAAAGGAUCAUCAGGAAUCGGCGGACUUUGCCUUAUAAACUGUGAUCCCGAUAUUGCCCCUCCCCCAGGAGACUUUCCCUGUAUUGGCCCAGGGUGCGCAGGCGGUGGUCACUGUAUUGGCCCAGGAUGCAGUGCCGGUGACACAGGAGGUGGUGGAGGUAAUGAUGGGGAUGGCGAAGGAAGCUCGACCACCACCACCACAUGUGCUACCAGCUCAACAGUCACGGAUUGUGCAGUUGCGUGCUCAGUCACGAACUAUAAUGAUGCAUCAUAUGCCUCCAACUGUUAUACGACUGCAUGCUCGACUGUGGUCGCAUGCCAAACAGCCGGUACCACGACCACGACGGAGACAACUUUUGCAGUUUGCACAGCGACUAUUCCGAUCGUGUCUUGGGUUCCAGUGUCAGGGGCGCCGAUGCCAUAUCUAGGAAGCGACAACAUAUGGUCAACACCCGGUGCCACUACGACCACUACUUCAACCUCCACAGGCGGCGGGGGCGGUGGUGGUGGUGGUGGUGGAAGCCCAACCACGACCGCAUCCAUAGCCUGGCCAACGAAUACAGACAUAAACACGGGCGGCGCCUACUGCUUUACUAGUGAUAUGGGCUUCACGUCCUUUACACAAGAUCAGGCACAGACGGUCGUUAAGAGCUUCUGCGGGAAUAACUAUGUCCUAGAUCCGAGCAAUACAUAUGGUUUUGUGAAUGAGCUUUCCGGUGACCCCGCCGUGAUUGUAUCUGCGAGCUGGGCCCAUGACCAGUCUGGCUGUGGAACCGAGGAGUCUUGGUCAUUUGCCGGGUCUAGCCUUCAGUACGAUCUGUGCCUCAAUGCCUGGUCGACUGAUUAUUUCUGCGAGAAUGAGUAUGCUAAUGCCGCGACUAGUUAUGACGGAGGAUAUGUUUACAAUACUGGAGACGGUUGUAUACUAUUGAAGCUGUACGCCGAGCUCCCACAAGAAGGGCCAAUGAAUGGGCCAAUUGUUGCGAAUAUCACUACUACAACUGCUGGAAACAACGGGACAGCUUGGUCGUCCAAUUCGACGCUAUCGCAUUGGUCUUAUUCAAAUGAUUCGAGUAUCACAAACCAAGCUCAAUUGUUUGGUUAG